AUGGAGGUGUCAAUGCCCCUGCCUCAGAUAUAUGUAGAAAAAACCCUAGCUCUUAUCAAGCCAGAUAUUGUUGACAAAGAAGAGGAAAUACGCGACAUUAUUCUUAGAUCUGGAUUCACCAUCAUUCAGAGACGAAAACUACAUCUGAGCCCUGAGCACUGUAGUAACUUUUACGUGGAACAGUAUGGGAAAUUGUUUUUCCCAAACUUAACAGCUUAUAUGAGCUCUGGACCUCUUGUUGCUAUGAUAUUAGCCAGACAUAAUGCCAUCUCUUACUGGAAAGAACUUCUGGGGCCACCUAAUAGUUUAGUAGCCAAGGAGACACACCCAGACAGUCUCAGGGCGAUUUAUGGUACGGAUGAGCUACGGAACGCCCUUCAUGGGAGCAACGACUUUGCUGCCUCGGAAAGAGAGAUUCGGUUCAUGUUCCCAGAGGUGAUUAUUGAACCCAUUCCAAUUGGACAAGCUGCUAAGGACUAUUUAAAUUUGUACGUGACGCCAACCCUGCUUCAAGGACUCACGGAACUCUGUAAGCAGAAGCCAGAAGACCCUUAUGGUUGGCUAGCUGACUGGCUGCUGGAAAAUAAUCCCAACAAACCUAAACUGUGUCAUUUUCCAAUAGCAGAAGAGCCUUAG